AUGGACGGAGAAUGGACAGAAGUCCGGUGGAAGAAAAACACUAACAAAGCACAAGUCAACAAGGAGCUUACUAAUUACUAUGUGGCAGGCUUUCCAGAUGGAACAAGGAAGGAAGAACUAAGGACACCAUUCGCUAGAUUUGGGAAGGUGGUUGACAUAUAUUUUGGUCUUAAAAAAGAUUUCCACAAAAAGAACUUUGCAUUCGUCAGGUACAUUAACAUCGAAGAUGCCAAGAAGUUGGAGGAUAAACUACAGGGCAUAAAAUGCAGAAACAAGACUUUAGAGAUCAACAUCUCGAAACAUCAGCGUAAAGUUGUCCAAUAA